GGAAACAGAGUGACGUUCAUUGGCACCCAUCCGAGUGAAAUCGCCCGAUCCGAGUCGUCCUUGUCGCAAAGUUCACCGCACCCGGCGGCGACCCCUUAUAUAAGCCAAUUCGACAUGCCGCAAGAUCGUUCAUUGGGAGCGACGGCAGCAGCCCACUAUAGCGACAGCUCCUGAGAAAAGCAUCCGUCACAUCGUCCGUCCACUCACGAGUUCCAAAGAUUCACGGUCAUGUCACGGACGACGAGGACAUCGGUGUUUGCCACUGCAAAGCUUCUCCUGCUACUCUGCCUUUCCCGGGUGGAACGGUGCCCUGCCGAGCCACUGGACGUCCUGUCGCGAGUGCGAGAAGCAGUCUCGUCUCCCGGCACCAACGUGAGCGCGACGUGCCGGAAUCACACGGCGUUCUACUUGACUCAGCUCCGGUCGGGGACACCCUGGGCGCUCCAAAUGUGGGACAGCACAGGAAAAGUGGAAAGUGGCAUCCUAACAGGGAGUCUGACUUUCCUGGGAUUCCAUACCGAGUGCUUGAGAGCGCUCCCCGACAGCCGCUCACCUGCACGUAAUGUGUCCCGUCCUGAACAAUUUUCCAGCCGCUACUGUCUGUCGACGGUCAGCCUGGAAAAAGCACAAAAGACGCCACCCAAGGGGAUCCCGGAGUACAUAUGGCAGCAGGUGCUCGCCAGCGGCCAGAACCUCAGGUUCGGAUUGUGCGUACCGUCAACCUGCUCCUCCGAAGACAUUACCAGUCUGGUCGGUCAAGCUGUGCAGAUGUUGGUGGAGGGUGCCAGUGCGGUCGACUCCACAUGCUCAGUUCCUAGUGGUGCCUAUAGCUCGGAUGAGGCCGCCAUGGCUGUCACUGGAGUUAUUCUUCUCUUCGUGAUGCUGGCGGCUGUGGGCACGACGUACGACCUGCUGAGUGCUUCCAAGGGGACUUGGAAAAGGCCAACGUCCUCCCAGAGUGUCAACAUUACCAUGGCCUCCAACGAGGGGCUUGUAGACGACGGAGAACACAAACGAAGCCAGCUCGGCCACGUUCUGGUCUCGUUCUCGCUGAGGGCGAAUGGAAGCAAGCUCUUGAGCACGGGCGGGACGCAGAAGGAAUCCAUCCAGAUUUUUCACGGCCUAAAAUUCUUCAGCAUGGGCUGGAUCAUUUUGGGACACUCUUACUCAUUUGCGUCCACCUGGCUCACAUAUAGAAACGCGAACGAUCUCAAGAUUGUGCCAACAGACAUUCUUAGCCAAGGUUUGGCCAACGGCACCUUCACAGUGGAUACUUUCUUUUUUAUCAGUGGCGUUCUCGUCGUGUACGUGACGUUGAAGGCCAUGGUGUCUGGAGGAGGAAAAGUAAACUGGUUUACCUUCUACACGCAUCGGUACUGGAGGAUGACUCCACUCAUGAUGAUCGUGGUCGCUGUUUGUGCCACGCUGCUCCCUUAUUUCGGCGACGGGCCACGGUGGAGGGAAACAAUCUCGACGUACGACGAGACGUGCAAGGCAAACUGGUGGAUCAACCUCGUUUACCUGCAGAACUUCAUUCACACACCGCAGAUGUGUUUGAACCACACCUGGUUUUCUGCAGUAGAUUUUCAAUUCUAUCUUAUUUCGCCGAUCAUCAUAUACCUACUCUACAGGAGACCUCGAUGGGCAGUAGGACUGGCCUCUGUACUUUUCCUGGCCUCAGUGGCGACCACCGCUGUCCUUACGGCCCUCAACGAUUACCCUGCCUUCCCGUACAUAAGUGCCAUCGUGCCUAUCGAAAAAAUGAACGACUACAUGAGGGACGUCUACAUCAAGCCAUAUUGUCGCAUCGGGCCAUUCCUGGUUGGAAUGUUAGUUGGCUAUUUCAUUCACGUCACCCAGGGAGCCGUCAUCAUCAAAAGGGCGUACGUGUGGCUGGGCUGGUCGCUGUGCGGGUUCGUGAUGCUCGGCGUGCUUUACGCCAUGUGGCCCGCCAAUACGGGCCAGGCACUGCCAUCCUUGGGCUGGGCAGUCGUGUAUGGAGCUCUCAGUCGCACCCUGUGGGCCGCCGGCCUCUCUUGGAUCGUGAUCGCGUCCGUCGCCGGAUACGGAGGAGUGGUAACCAAGCUGCUCUCGUUCGGUGCCUUGAUGCCCCUGAGCAGACUGACGUAUUCCGCCUACAUCAUCCAUCCCGUCGUUAUGGCGAUCUUCUACGGUUCACGCGAAGAAGCGUUCGACUUCUCACCGUUCCUACUCACUUACUUCACCCUAGGCAACGUGACUCUCAGUUACGGCAUUUCCUUCGUGCUGUCCUUGCUCUUCGAGGCUCCCGUACUGGCGCUCGAGAAGGCCCUUCUGGGCCGCAAGUGAGGGAUGACUUCACUCGACGCGGAGGCUACGAAGCAAAGAUUUAGUUUCUUGGAGAG